AUGAUUUCAUUGUUGUUUCCGAGGUCGCAUUUGUGCACAGCAGCCAUAGUAUUCUACACAUGUGUGUGCAUUCCCUUGGGGAGGUUUAAGAAGCAGUGUGGAGAUGCUGAAGCGCAUGAUGAUGACGGUUACCACUUGACGGCUGUGAUGUUUAGGGACAAGGAAAAGGAGGAGGAGGAUGAGGAGAUAUGCUGCCCCAUAUGCCUUGUGGAGUUUGAGGCUGAGGAUGCGGUGACCCAUCUUCCUAGAUGCGCUCAUCUUUUCCAUAUCCAUUGCAUUGAACCUUGGCUUCUCCGUGGCCAUCUCACUUGCCCUCUCUGCAGAUCAUUUGUCUUCUCUCCUACUCCUCCUAACCACAAUGUGGAUGUCAAUAGUGCCGCUUCCCCUUACACCUUCUAUCUCUCCCUCUUCUUCCUUUUCUGCCUCUUUCUCCAUCUGCUUGGAUACUUGUAG